CAAAUCCCAUGCUGUUGGGGACGUAAUUUUUUUCGACGAUGGUGCUGAUGACAUCAGAAUGCGACUGUUAAACCAUUUCCAAAACACUGCACAGGAAUAAGUCUAGUCAGUGCUUUUAAAUAGUAGUGUAGUAACGUAAGAAAAUAGUAGUAAUAAAAAUGAGGCCAUGAUUUAAAAAACAACGCCAAGUGUGCGCUUUCGUAUUACAGCCAUUAUAAGCGAGUCGAUAAUUUUAAACCAGCAGAGACCUCUUCCUCCUGAGAUCACAUAACGUUACAUUACAAAGGCGAAAUACCUACAUUUCUAUUUAAACAUUGCAGUGGAUAAUAAUAAUAAUGGCUUUAAGUAUGGAUAUCAGCAUUUCUUUUCUCAAGUGUGAACUCGCCUCCACCAUCGACCAGGCGGUAAGAUACGCCGUUGAAACGGUUUUAAAAGAAACUGCACGAGUUGUCGGCAUAAAGCUCGCAGCGGCUCGUAAUGCUGCCGUGGAGUCGCAUCGAGAGAACCAGACUUUACGAGAAAGACUAGAGAUAUCUGAGAGUGAGCUAAAAGCGGUACGCUAUUACAUGACCGCGGCUGAAAAGAACAUUAAACAGUGUUUACUACUGAAUAAAAAUCAGACCAGAUCAAAUAGUGUGCGUUCAAACGCGGACGAUGCAAUGUUUCUGUUUUCCUCACACGCUGCCGAUGGAGGCGUCUCGUCGCAGAGCAGAGAUUCAUCCCGCAAGACCUUCAGAAAUUCACCAGGAAGAAUACACAGUGCUAAAAAUACCUCUGGUGUUGGCCUCUGUCCACCCACGAUUCAGUCAGACUGGCCUCGCGUAUGUGUCAACCGCAGAAAAGCGCGAGGCGUUACAGCAGGCAACAGUUCAUUACUCAUAGGUGACCCCGCGACCUCUCAGGCCCAUGCAGAAAAUAACCCUGCAGUGCUUAGACCAGAGGAUGAAACUGAGGCACCGUUUUACUUCACCAAUGAGAAUGUCACAGAAAGAGGACACGCUAUGGCAGUGAUGGAGUCUGAGAGGGCAAACAAGGAGCCCGAAGUUUCAGGCUCAUCCGAAAACCCACCAGAGGACCCAUCUGACAUCACAAAGUUUGAGUUUGAAAUGAGCACACCUGCAGGAAAUGUUAACGAACUGGAGCUGAUACACGUGAUGGAGGACUCUGAGGAUGUCAAACAAGGCACCGUUAAAAUCGAAAAUGACCCCGAUUCACUUACAUUAGAGCCUCCUUCAUCCGACCAAGCUGUGGGUUUAUCCGUGCAAGUGCUGCCACAUAUCUCCUCACCUCCAAUACAUGAGAGUGAAGGGGAUGCUUUGGUAAACUUAAUGCCUCCUGUAGGGAAUGAAGCAGGGCUAAGCGGAAAUUCCGAGAGCACUGAUAAACUUCACUGCUGCAACAUUUGUGGCCGGGGAUUCAGACGAUUUUACUGCUUGAAAACACACCAACGCAUACACACGGGAGAACGCCCGUAUCCUUGCAGAUAUUGUGAGAAACGCUUCCGACAUUUAGACAGUUUACAUAAACACCAACGCAUUCAUACGGGAGAGAGGCCCUACCGGUGUGCACAGUGUGGAUGCUGCUUUAGAGAACUGGGUCAACUCAAAAAGCACAGACUUAAACACUCACCCACAUAUGUUUCUGUGGCCCAUCCUGCCUUUCCUCUUCCCCCUUCCGGGCCCUCCUAUGUGUGGCCACAUCUUAACUCCCAGUCUUUGGAUUCUGUCUGAUAAUAUUGUCAACGGGUGCACAGAAAAGUUUUAUUUGUUUU